UCUUUUUUUCCAAUGUCAUCUCCGGCAUGACCAUGGCAGACGCAUGUAUGAGGUCAGUAACGUUUAAAAUGUAAGGAUCUUUAUAGGUAUGCGUAGAGUAUACGUUUCGUGUUCCUUUUGUUGGAUUUCGGCGCCGCAUAUGCGCAGCUUGCGUAGCUUUAGCGCAAUAACGAUCUUAAUUAAAUACUAAACAAGCCUCGCCCAGCCGUGUCUUGAAACAACAAACGAGAAGAAAACUACACGGAAGAAAAUUACUUUACAGACAUGUUGCUGUUUAUGACAGUUUCCUGCCUUAUUUUUGGUUCAUUUGCUGAAAUUAGGUAUGAGGAGCUGUGCUAUGGCAGAAGCCUUAAAUUACCGUUUGCUUAUACACCGCCCUUAUUCCAAGGACAGAUAUACUUCACUCCGAGUAACGGGGGACCCACCAAACUAUUGAUGGAAAAGGGAGAGUCAAAAGAUCCACGAAUUCAAGUGUCCUACACCUCUGCUUAUCUAAAGGAUUUGACAGAUGAAGAUGCCGGGACUUUUUCUGUCUCAUUUAAUGAUGAUAACCGUUAUGAUAUUAUCAGACUGACUGUUAUGGAAUGUGCUAUCGAUGCCAUGAGGUUUUAUGGCGAAAGGUACUACCUUGACGUUCCCCAGGAAGCGGAAUACCUGGAGUUCACUCCUAGUCUUCGUAACUCCCCGACAACGGUCUUGUGGAACCGCACGGACCCCCAGGUCAGUCAGGGAAGCAGAGGUAAGAUGAAGAAAAAUGCUUGGGAGAUCAUCAAAGUCACUGGGAAGGACAGUGGCUACUAUAACGUCAGGAGAAAAGACAGAAGUUUGCUAUCCAGGACUCUGCUCAAAGUAGAAGCGGAUUCUAUAAGCUAUGACAGAGUUGAGGGCGAUACAGUUGUCAUCGAACAUCCUACAACCUCCUCCUCUUGGACUAUUACAUUCAAAGCAAAGGGAGAAACAGAGUACUUGACACUGAUGAAAGCAGGAAGAUUGUCCACUUAUGAGAACCCACAAAUAGAAUACAGGCAGUUUGAAGGGAGGUUGCGGCGCCUGUAUGAAGGUUUAGAGAUUAAUCCACUGAAAACCUCUGACUCUGGCAUUUAUGAGGUCAGGGAUAAUGAAGACCACCCAGCCAGGAUUGUGAAACUCAGUGUACGUGCUGCAUUCCCUACAUAUGUUAUCAUUUGUAUUGCUGUCAGGGCUGUCCUUGUGGUGAGUCUCUGCUGCUGCUGGAUAAGAAAGUGCUGCUGUUUUAAAAAGAGCUCUUCUAAAAGAUCCCGAGCUGCCCCUCAAACUGCUGCUGCGCCUGGUGUAUAUAACCACGGCUGGAACCAGCAACCUGCAGGCCCCAGUCACUCUGCUGCACCUGUUACACCCAUCUCUUACCAGCCAGUAAAUCCCAGUGUUCCUAGAGAACCUGCAGUUUUGUCUUCUGAGCCACCGCUGUACCGCUCAGUGAGUUUCCACAGGAAUCCUCUGCAGCCUGAGGCUGCACCUCUGGGAGAUCAAGGGGGUGCUCCAGCUCCCACACUUGGCUCUGACUGUCUCUCCUCUGACCCUGGGCCGAGGUUUGAGCUGAAAGGACUCAACACUGCCUCUGCUCUACCUCUUAGUUCAGACUCAACUUUUUGUAAUGUUUACACCUCAGAUAAACUCAACUUUCUGUAGGAAGCACAAUGAAAAUUGAAAUAGGAUGAUUUAAUGUUGUGUAUAGUGACCAGCUGGAACAAAGCCAUGCAGGCCUUUCAUUGGACAGCAUUAUACACAUGUAAUAGAAAAGUCCUAUAAGGUUUGGUGCUUGUUUUGAUAUACGUAGAUACAGUUAUACACAAAAUACUGUGUGAUCACAGUUUCAGUUCAUUAAAGUAUUAUUUUUGAUACAAAGUUUUGAUAACACUAUUCAGUUGUAAAAUUAUAGUUUAGUGCAUAGCAACAAAGGGUGAAAUGAGGAUUUAACCUAAUUUUACACAAUUAAAGGUUUUAGGACAACUUAUAUGCAUUUUAUUUCCCUUUUUGCAGGAGAAAAACAGGUGCUCCUAUUUUUCUGUAGUUUUAAACUGCAUGUAUCAAAUGUGUUUGCCAGACAUUAAGAUUGUAUAAUGUACAUAUUUUAGUGGCUUACUGUGCCUGGUGCUGUCAAUGAGGAGCAGUGAUUUUUAAAAAAGAAUGGGAUUAUGUUUGCUUUGCUAAAUAGUAAUAUGGUGACUCAAACUGGAGUCAGAUUAACUUCAGCACUCUUUAAAAAAACAUACUCUCAAAUACUAAAACCACUGCUGCAUGUAUUUUUUAUUUUUGUACUAUAUUUGACAUUAUCAUGUGCCUGAAGCUUUGUGUGUGAACAUGUCUGAGUAGCUUUUAUGGUUCAGGUCUUUUGAAGAGUGGUGUUUAUUUUGUAACUCUUCUUUUGACUUCAGGAAAAUCGUUUGUAAGACCAUCUAUGUAUCUGUAUUAAAAGUGAGCU